AUUUUGCGAGGCAGCGGCAGUGGCGGCGGCAGCGGCGGCUGGAGCCUCUGAUUGGGUUUCGGAGUCCGGUACUGGAGCCAAUCAGCGCGGGCAGCGAACCGGGGGAGCGAGGCACGGAGUGUACCUCUUAGUCUUCUGGGAUCUCCAGAGUGAAGCUUACGUGGACGGGGAUUCUUACUUGGAGGGACCAUGGAGCAGUAUACGGCAAACAGCAAUAGUUCGACAGAACAGAUUGUUGUACAGGCUGGACAGAUUCAGCAGCAGCAGCAGGGUGGUGUCACUGCUGUCCAGUUGCAGACUGAGGCCCAGGUGGCAUCCGCCUCAGGCCAGCAAGUCCAGACCCUCCAGGUAGUUCAGGGGCAGCCAUUAAUGGUGCAGGUCAGUGGAGGCCAGUUAAUCACGUCAACUGGCCAACCCAUUAUGGUCCAGGCUGUUCCUGGUGGACAAGGUCAAACCAUCAUGCAAGUACCUGUAUCUGGAACACAGGGUUUGCAGCAGAUACAGUUGGUCCCGCCUGGACAGAUCCAGAUCCAGGGUGGGCAGGCUGUGCAGGUACAGGGCCAGCAGGGCCAAACUCAACAAAUCAUCAUCCAGCAGCCCCAGACAGCCGUCACCGCUGGCCAGACUCAGACGCAACAGCAGAUUGCCGUCCAGGGACAGCAGGUGGCACAGACUGCUGAAGGACAGACCAUUGUCUAUCAGCCAGUUAAUGCAGAUGGCACCAUUCUUCAGCAAGUUACAGUCCCUGUUUCAGGCAUGAUCACCAUCCCAGCAGCCAGUUUGGCAGGAGCACAGAUUGUUCAGACAGGAGCCAAUACCAACACAACCAGCAGUGGACAAGGCACUGUCACUGUAACACUACCAGUUGCAGGCAACGUGGUCAAUUCAGGAGGGAUGGUCAUGAUGGUGCCUGGGGCUGGCUCUGUGCCUGCUAUCCAAAGAAUCCCUCUUCCUGGUGCAGAGAUGCUUGAAGAAGAGCCUCUCUAUGUGAAUGCCAAACAGUACCACCGUAUUCUUAAGAGGAGGCAAGCCCGAGCUAAACUAGAGGCAGAAGGGAAAAUUCCAAAGGAAAGAAGGAAAUAUCUACAUGAGUCUCGGCAUCGACAUGCCAUGGCACGGAAGCGUGGUGAAGGUGGACGAUUUUUCUCUCCAAAGGAAAAGGAUAGUCCCCAUAUGCAGGAUCCAAACCAAGCCGAUGAAGAAGCUAUGACACAGAUCAUCCGAGUGUCCUAACCCCAGGCCACGUGAUGGAGCUGAUAAAUCAGGUCAUGUUUCUCGCCAUUGUUUCCCACUGUUCCAGGAAAUUGAUCAACUCUUCCAAUGGGACACUGACGAUCACACUCUGCCCUUUUCUACAAGACAGAAACCACUUAGUUUUUAAUAAGUGGCACAGUAUUAUAAUUGCAGUGAUAUCUGGCAAAUUGAAGUUGCAAGCCUUUGUCUUACUCUUUGAGUCAGGACCUGUUUCAGACUGUUGAUGACGUUGACAUUUCAUGGAUUAGGAUGAUGCAAAGAAUUACAUGCCAGCCCAGCAGCACACAACACUGGUGAAGCCAGCCAGCCAUCUCAGCAGGGAAGAGCAACCUUCUCAACCUAAACUGCAGUCAGGGAUGCCGCAGCCUACUGCUUCCCAUGGAACCUAGACAGCAUCUAUCCCUCUGGUGGGAGAUUUCAGGCUGACUAACUGAAUGGGCACUUUGUAUUCAGAGAUGGCUUCCAGGCAAGGAAUUUCCGUCUUGUGAUAUAGAAACAAUAAAUUCCGGAGAUGAAUUCAUC